AUGGGGGAAUUCAAGUAUUUUACAGAAUUCAUGCAAAAAUGGUUAGCGAAAGAGGGAGCAGCUAAAAUGCAAGCGGAGGUUUUAUUGAAAAGAGUAAGAGAAGGGAUGGACAGUAUGUUUGAUAAUAUGGACGAAAAGACAGACGAAGAAGGGAAUCUUUGCCAGAGUCAGAAGGAAGGUGCUCAUCAUAUAUUAGAAGAUGAUACAAAUAGGGAGUUAUGUAAAAUAUUAGUAAGACUAUUCUACUGGAUAGGUGGAUUGAGACAGAGGGGGGAGGGCGAGGGGGGAAAUAAGUGGAUAUGGGAUAAAAUACAGAUUACCGAAGCAGCUGAGAAAGAGGUGCAAAAUUAUUUAAGGUGUAUAUUAGGAAAAAUAGUUAUAGUAAAAAUGUUAGGAACACAUUGCCAUAUGAGCAAAGUGCUCCCAAUUGUGAAGAAAGGAAUAGACAAAACCAUAAGGGAGAAAAAAUUCCAAGAGGAACAUGAGAACUGUGAGAAAAUAGAUUUCAAAAGUUUAAGUAUGGGGCGAAAUUUUUUUUGGAAAGAAAUAGAAAAGUCAAUAAUGAACGAUAGAGGGGGAGGGAAAAAUAUUAAGAAGAUAAUAGACCAGGGAAAAUGCCCCAAAGGUGAUGAUUUAAGUAAGGGAAAUAUUGGAAUGAGUGAAGAAGAAAAGCAGAGUUUGGUGGAAUUAUUUGCGGAGGCAAGAGAAAAUAUAGGGGACUUACAAGAAAUAAUUAAAGAUAGGGGGGAAUUACAGGAAAAAGAUAUGGAUGAAUUGCUGAGGAAAAUGAACGCAGCAGGGGGGUCAGGGGAGCAAAAUAUAUUUCAGACGAUAAUGGGAACCUUAAGAGAACUGUGGAAAAAAUGGGAGGAUGAAGCUAAAAAGAAGAAGGAGGAGGAGGAACAGAAGAAGGCGAAUGGAAGCAGUGACCUAGACAAAGCAGGUGCCCCGGACGCCGAGGAUGGCGCUACUGAGAGUCAAGCUGCAAAAACUCCGGGCGUAGGAGUAGGUCCUGGUGGUGUUGUACAAGGUGUUUCAAGUGCUGCAAUUAAUCCUGAGAGUGGUGAUCCUGCUCAUACAACUGUGGGUGUUCAUGAUGACAAAAACACUGGUGGUGAUACUAAAACCGAACUUACGGUUGAAUUAAAUAAUCAAAAUGGUGCAGAAAAUUCUCCGGUCCAAGUAGUAGAAUCUGUGGAUAAAAGAAAUUCAAUCAUAUCAGUUCCAGCACCAGCGAUUGCAUCAGCAGGCGGCAGCUUGUCAACGGAGGCAACGGUACAACCCAAAAAUACAGUAUAUAUUCAGACAUCGAAGAGUCUACCUCCAGCAAAACCGGAAGAAAAGAAUGUAUUUAAUAAAGAUAUUAAUUUCAUUGAUCCUUUCCUUCCAUACAUUCCAUUAAUCCCUGUAUUAAUCACCGCCAUCAUUAUCAUUACUUUCUUCCUUUGGAAGUAUUUUGGAUUCCUUAUUCGAAGAAGACGGCGGUACGAAGACAUAGAACAGAUAACAACAUCUGCUGAUCCUCCUCCUCCAGAGGAACAAAUCAUUGACCCUAUAGAACAGGAGGAUCUAACGAUAUCCUACAUGCCCUAUUCGUACCAUAUGAUUAGAAGGCGCCUUCCUACACAUAGGAAACCUAUGCAUAAAAAAUUGUAUAAAAAAAGCAUUAUUCAAAUUCAUCUGGAAGUUUUAGACGAAUGUCAAAAAGGGGACGCCGAUUUAAUGAAAAAUGAAUUCUUACGGAUCAUUGUGGAGGAAUAUAUGAAAAAUGAAAAAAUUCCCAGUGACUAUGUCCCUAAGGAACAAACUCGGAGUUCAGGUUUAGGGUUCAGGGUUUCUGCUUCUGAAGAUAGCUUUCCCUCAGAGUCAUCAAAUUCAGUACAAUAUUGGAUCAAUUGGAUUGAAAAAAAUAAAAAUCUGUUAGAAGAAAUUAAAAGAGAACCUUGGUUCCAUGAAAUCAAAUCAUAUUGGAAAGAGUACCUGAAGGAACAUUUGAAGAUGCAGGUUUCUGAUGAGAGCCCAUUAAGGGAUGAUAGUGAUGUUUCAUUCCUAGGAAGGAAGAAAAAUUUGUGGAAACAGUGGAUCGCAAAACAACAUGAUCUUAUGGAAUUAAACAGUGAAAGAGAUUGGUUCAAAAAUCUAUUGAGCAAUCUGGAUAAAGUACUAAACGAAUUAGUAGUAGAACAAGGUAACCAAAUGGUGCAAGCUCAAAAUUCGUUAAAGCCAAAAAAUGCGUUCCCGGUGAAAAAUGGCUUAGGGCUAAAAAAUGUGUUAGGUGUGAACAAACGGUUAGAACCAAAAAAUGUGUCAGGAAUAGAAGAUGACCUAUGGCCGGAAAAUGUGUUAAAGGUGAAAGAAGUGUUCGAGGUGGAGCAUCCCUUAGGAGUGGAGGAUGUGUUAGGACGAAAAAAUGUGUUACGACGAGAAAAUGUGUUAGAAUCGGAAAAUAUGUUAGAACCACAAAAUAUUUUAAAAGUGCGAGAAGUGUUCGAUGUGGAGCAUCCCUUAGGAGUGGAGAAUGUGUUAGGACGAGAAAAUGUGUUACGACGAGAAAAUGUGUUAGAAACAGAAAAUAUGUUAGAACCACAAAAUGUGUUAAAGGUGAGAGAAGUGUUCGAUGUGGAGCAUCCCUUAGGAGUGGAGGAUGCGUUAGGACGAAAAAAUGUGUUACGACGAGAAAAUGUGUUAGAAACAGAAAAUAUGUUAGAACCACAAAAUGUGUUAAAAGUGCGAGAAGUGUUCGAUGUGGAGCAUCCUUUAGGAGUGGAGGAUGUGUUAGGACGAAAAAAUAUGUUACAACGAGAAAAUGUGUUAGAAUCGGAAAAUAUGUUAGAACCACAAAAUGUGUUAAAGGUGAGAGAAGUGUUCGAUGUGGAGCAUCCUUUAGGAGUGGAGGAUGUGUUAGGACGAAAAAAUGUGUUACGACGAGAAAAUGUGUUAGAAACAGAAAAUAUGUUAGAACCACAAAAUGUGUUAAAGGUGAGAGAAGUGUUAGAACCAGAAAAAAUGUUAGAACCACGAAAUGUGUUAAAGGUGAGAGAAGUGUUAGAACCAGAAAAAAUGUUAGCGCCAGAAAAGGUGUUAAAAGUGAAAGAAGUGUUCGAAGUGGAAAAGGCUACUGAGAACACUCCAUCUUCCAAAGUGGAUGUAGUGAAGAAUCCAGAACUACAUCAACAAUCCUAUAGGAAAAAGCAAUCCAUAGCAAAAUUAUGGAUGCUUAUCCUUGCUUUGGUAAUAGAGCAGUGUGAAGUGGAGGAUAACCUUCAUGGGAAGGAAAUAUAUUUGGAUAAUUUAUUGCGAAACCCUUGA